UUUUCCUGUAAUGAACGACACGGGGUGGAGUACCUGUUGACUCAGAUGACGUCACCCACAACUCACGCUCUCAUUGGUGGAGUGGAACCCAGCCUUUGUCGGGUCAUGAGCCAUCUGGCCGAAAAAUAUGGCAAGCUUUUUCUUCCCUGGUCCUGCUUAGAGAUUCCAAGAAUCUCGAGCAGCGCGGAAAGUGACGAAAAGAACGACAGCUCCGACGAGACCGUUUUGGAGAAACCAGGGGACCCGAACUCCCCCCCUACUUCCACCACCACCACCACAUCCUCCACCAAAACCGGGCAGGUCACGGAUUCGGACUCCAAGGACAACAGUAGAGCGAAGGCCAAGGAGUUGUCGUCAGCGGCGACGGGGAGUCACGUUGCCAUGGUAACGCCUACGGCGCGGCAGAUGGCCCGAGGCGUUUUUACCGCCCUUGGUCAUUUCGGGUGGAAGCACAUCAGCAUCAUAACCCUGGAUUCAAGAUACUGGCGAGCCCUGGCCCACUUCGUCGACGUCGAGUUGAGAGCCUGGCAGAGGUUAGUGCCUGCUCUGCUUGUGCUUCCAGACGCCCCUACGCAAGCAAACAUCACGGCUCUCUUUGAAGUGAGGGCAAAGCGUAUCAUCAAAGCGUAUCUGUUAGUACUGCCGUCGUCUUCGCCCUUGAUAAGUCGCGUCCUGGAGGAGGCCGAGAAGGAGGGCGUGACCCGCCUGGCAGCCUUCUUCAUCGUCGACCCAUUCUACGCCCCUUCGCCCAUCCCUCGGGCGCCCACGGCAGCAACAGCCCCCGCGCCCUCUUCGGGAGGCCACCACUUGCAUAGUCCCAACCAUCAAAACUUCUCCCAUCCGAGACCGACGCCCACCGACGAUUCCCGCCAGAACACCUCCCGUCCAAUGUCACCCCGUCGGAGUAGUCCUUUGGCUUCGGAACUGAGGACCAAGAGGUUUCAGAGUCUCAGGCAGUUCCUCAAUGCGUCGUUCGAAGCCACCAGGUCCGUCAUGAUCUUGGCUCCUGUUACAAGGGGACCUCCGAAUCCACUUCCUCCGGCGCAGCCUCGUUCCUCGAAGCCGCCUUCCUCUAAAGCGCAGGAGAGGCCCGCAGCUCGUCAGGAUGGUCAGCAGGACCCGGAGCAGAGCUCAGGUGAUGGGCAGAAUCACGUCUAUAGGGAAGGCAAAGGUCAAUCCGAGGGCAUAGGGCAAAGUCAAGAUCGCGGCCGGUUAGAGGGAUCGACGACGGCGUUCUUCAACCAUUCGGGCAUUCCUGAGACGGAGAUGGUUUUGACUCGACUCGUUUUCGACAGCAUAAGCCUUCUGUCUCAUUUGCUGAGAGCAAAUGUCGGAGCCUUCCGCCUACGAAGGAAGUCGAGCGGCCACAGAAAUUCAACAAGUGAAGAGUCGACGAAGCUUGUGGCGCCUCGCAGUGAAAGCUACAACAACACCAUGAGCAACAUCAACAACAACAGCAGCAGCAACAACAGCGCCGUCAGUCGAGCCCAACGGAGAAAAAGGAGAAGAAGAAGAAGCAACAACAACAAAGCCGCCGGCAAGUCAGUCGACCGUAGUAGACGUUCGGAUUCUGUCAGUGAAUUGUUUGAAUGGGAUGGCGUCCUUUCACGUGUGAUCUCCGAACGAGAUUCACAGCCUUCGGAGGACAAUCACGGCCUCCUCAUAAGGGACCUGAAAGGUGAUUUGUACUUCACGGAGGAGGUGGCUGAGAAAGAGCGCCUCUAUUUCGAGAUGAAGAAGCUAAACACCGAGCGCGAGGGUCAUGAAUUUGAAAAGAAACUGGAGAGCAUCAUUGGGUCGAGUUGGAUCAAAGAAAACGGAUUCAAUAGACACCGAAAAAAAGAGGGGGAGCUCAAUAAAUCUCAGCCGAUUGAGAUGAAGGUUAAAAGGCCCACUUUCUUCCCAUCGUUUUGGGGAGAGGGCUUCGUUUCCGUCUUGGGGGAGAGGAGCUAUGAUUUCCUUUUGCUCGACUGGGAUCCUAAAACGAAGGAUAUGGCCACCGUUCUGGAGUUAAUAGACGCCCCUUCUAAGCGUCCGUCUAAGAUCGGGUCAGGGGAGAUGUCCGUUCGUACUAUAAGGCCAGUGGAUUGGGCGCACAAUGUUCCUAUCCCAAGGGACAAAGACUGCGGACCUACCGUUUGUGGAUAUACUGUACCUGGUGGGUCUGUAGCCCCGGGUUACGUGGUCAUGAUUGUGAUGUGCAUGCUGUUCCUGUUCGGUGCCUGCUGUGCUGCAGCAGCUGUCCUCAGGAAACGUCUUCGUCAGAAGGAAAUGAGUCGAGGUCCUUACAAGAUUCUCCUGACCUCAGCCGACCUGACCUUGACAUCGCGACCCGAGAGCGCACCAAGGAAGGUGGGCGAUUAUGUCUGCAUUGCAGGAUGUGUACUGUCGGUGUUGCCAGGUUCAGGUACUGCAGAGAGGCCUGAUUUGUUAAGAGGGUCCUUCAGUUCUCCCCAAAGAGCCAACCACGACAAUCUCCUUAAUAACUUGCCUAAUGCUGUACACAAAGACCACGAAGAUGCCAAAGCUAAAUACAAUGGUGACUUUGUCCACCUCAGGUACUUUUAUCAUCAGGGAAACUUUGAGGUUAAGAAUAGAACCAUAACUCUUCUGAAACAGAUGCAUGACCUUCGACAUGAGAACGUUAAUGGAUUUUUGGGGAUGCUGUGUGACCCUGUGAGACCUGGCUUUGUGUUUGAGUACUGCACCCGGAGGUCUUUGGAGGAUGUCAUUCGACAGGAGGACAUCAAACUUGACUGGUCCUUCCGACUGUCACUCUUGACAGAUUUGGUCAGGGGUAUGAGAUAUCUUCACGGUUCACCAUUGCGGCAUCAUGGUCGCCUAACCUCUAGGAAUUGCGUAAUCGAUGCUCGAUGGGUGCUAAAAGUCACUGACUAUGGAUUGCCUGGUAUAUACGACACACAAAAUAUCAGUCAACCUAAAAGGCCUACGAGAGACUUACUGUGGAAGGCACCAGAACAAUUACGUGACGAGGGUUUGCUCUUGAAAGGGUCACAGGCAGCAGAUGUAUUUUCAUUCUCCAUCAUAAUGCAGGAAGUAGUUGUGCGGGGAGGUCCAUAUUGUAUGGUCCAGCUCACACAUCAAGAAAUUAUUGCACGACUGAAAAAGCCGCCUCCAAUGAUUAGACCCUCAGUCUCGAAAGGAGCAGCCCCUCCCGAUGCCAUUAAUAUCAUGAAACAGUGCUGGGCUGAACUCCCAGAAAUGCGACCAGACUUCAACCAGAUAAAUGAUCUUUUCAAAAAGCUAAAUCAGGGAAGACGACUCAAUAUUGUAGAUACAAUGUUCCAGAUGUUGGAGAAGUAUUCCAGCAAUCUGGAGGAGCUUAUUAGGGAUCGGACAGAACAACUUGACUUGGAGAAGAAGAAAACUGAGCAGCUUUUAAAUAGAAUGCUUCCAAGCUCUGUUGCCAACCAGCUGAAAUUGGGGAUGCCUGUUGCCCCAGAGGAGUUUGAUGAAGUGACCAUAUAUUUUUCUGAUAUCGUUGGUUUCACCAGCAUUUCGGCAUACUCAACACCUUUUGAAGUCGUUGAUCUGCUGAAUGACCUCUAUACUGCUUUUGACUCCACUAUCAAUCAUUACAAUGUGUAUAAGGUUGAAACUAUUGGUGAUGCAUACAUGGUUGUAAGCGGACUUCCAAGUAGGAUUGAUGACCACGCUGCUCAGAUAGCUACAAUGGCCCUCGACCUUCUUCACCUGUCUGGCAAGUUCAGGAUCAGGCACUUGCAUAACAUUCCUCUCAUGGUUAGGAUUGGCAUCCAUACAGGUCCUUGCUGUGCUGGUGUUGUAGGGAUGACAAUGCCCAGGUACUGCCUCUUUGGUGACACAGUUAACACAGCUUCAAGGAUGGAGUCGACAGGUUCAGCUUGGCGUAUCCAUAUUAGUGAACAAACUUCCUCUGUUCUUAAAGAAGCUGGGGGCUAUCAUCUUGAAUACAGAGGACUGACCAAACUAAAAGGCAAAGGAGAAAUGCCUACUUACUGGCUCUUAGGAAAGGAUGACUUCAAGAAGGAAUUACCUGCGCCACCAGAAAUUGGACUCGAUGAGGAAUUAAUCCGACUUGGCCGACAGCAUUAUAUGAAUAGAAGAGAUUCUACAGUUGAAUCCUUGACAGGAAUUAAGGGAUUUAGCAGCAUCCAUGCUGCUAAAAUGCAAACAGAUCCUCAAGAAGCCUGCAGCAGUGUUAUGGCUGAAGCAGAGAGAGCUAGCUGUUCAAGUGUAAAUGAGUUUCUGCCAAGGCUUCCAACAGUCCAACAGAACAGCUCAGAAAGUGAAGAAUGUUUACAAUCUGAUCAUGAACCGAAAGCCGGUGAACCUAGUUACUCAGACUCAAGUAUGCCAAAUGGAAGAACUCAAAAGGAGCCUCCAAACAUAGUGGUUAAGGAAAGUAAUACUAGUGCCAAAGACGUUAAAAGCUCAAGUACAAAGUCGGUAUCAAAAUCAAACUGUAUUAGAAGUAAAAGUGACAAUGCAAUGCCAAAGAAAGAAGUAUGUGAUAGUGUUGCAGUGCCAAAGAUGAAUUCCAAAGAUCAACAUGUAAGACAUAAACGCUCUGCUUCUAGACCUUCAGUACCUUCCACUGGUGUUGUACAGAAUCAUAUACCCCAGGUACCAGUGAUUGAGCUUCAGGGCAGAACAGUUAUAUCCAAAACUUCUGUCAGCUGUCCAGAUACACCCCGCAAUAGAGCAGUGCCUGCUUCAUCCCAUCGUGUAGUCUCUAAAAGCAAUUCUGCUGAUAGCAGAAGCCACAUAGGUCCAGAGGAACUGGAAGAAAUGGUUGUUCGAGGCUCUAGUUGCUCACCGGGACCAAGACGUGAGUCGUGUAGAGGUUCUUCUCCUCCUCUUCUCUGUCACAAUAAGAUAUAUCCACAUCAAGGAGGACCAGUAUCCCCUAUAAGAGAUCUAAAUAGACCAUUAGCAAACCCAGGAGAUUCUUGGAGACCUCAUCAAAGGCAGCAAGAAACUGGAGUGCCAAGUGGAAAGCCAACAUCACUUCAUGGAAUGACUGCAGAGUGUGAAGUCCAUCCUUGUAAUGUUGACCCACCUUCCCCCACAGAGUCUACCAUGUUGUGACCCAAGCCUGGUCAAGUCUUGCCAUUUCCUAUUUGCCUUACUGUAUUUCAAACUUUGGCAUCAUUUGUUACUAAUCUGUCUUCGUCCAUCCUUACCACUACAAGAACGCACAACAAUCUGUCAUUCUUUCAAACGCUUUGAUUAUCAUUAUGCAUUAUAUGAGUUCAUCAUUUCAUAUCCGUCUUAGUCACUAACCAAGGAUCUGCAAAAGGUUACCAGUACCCUUGAUAGAAGAUAAUGUCUGUUCUACUUGCAAAUCAAGUAUCUUCUUGUGCUUGAUUUUCAACCAAAUUCCUAAGAGUAUGUUUUAGUCCUAUACUCUGUGGUGUUUACUAAAUUUUUUCUUUCCGGAUGAGCCUCAAACAAGUUUCAUAUUUAAUAUAAUUUAUUCUUUCAUUCCAAAUCACACUGAUACCACAGCCGCAACUUUCUUAGACUCAAUGGCUCCACCAAUUCUUGAUGCAUAUCACAGGUAUUGUCACCAGGAAAUAACAAAACAUCCAAGCUGUUCAUCAUGCUGUUUAUGAUGAAAACUUGAGCAUUGAAGAAGCAUUAUUCUAAUAGCAUUCUUUAUCAACAAUCAAAUCACAUUUGUAGUCUGUUCCAAGUAACUUCUUUGUAAAAAAAAAAAGAAAAAAAUAGUAAACCAUUGUCUUGUCUUUUUAAAACUGCUGAUUAUACACUUUAACAAUCAGUAUUUAUUUAACAUAAAUUUUUCAUAUCAGUGAACUGUGUUGCUGAAGAAUCUGAACUCCUUUAAUUGAGGUCAUUUUUUUACUUACCUUUUUUUCAGCUUUAGUCAGUUUAUUUUCAUCUGACAGUGCCUUAGAAUUAGAUUUUGAUCAUUUAUAUAAGGAUCAUUUACAGUGUCUGAUUGGUGUCAUAUUCCUGGUGAACUCAUAUGAUGGCUUAGAAGUCCCUUUCUCUGUUAUUUUGUUUUAUUUUACUCCUCAGGAUAUAAUCUCUUAACACCAUCAGGUGAAAAUAAACUGACCAUAGAAUGACCAAGUUUUGUGGGUUAUUUCACUGUGGUUCUUUUAAGAUCAUGUCCAUGAUGUGCAACAAAUUUGAUUUAGCUGUGAGACUUUUUGUCAUUUGAGGUACAAUGGCAUUGUCAUAUAAAUUGCUUUAUAUUUUGAAAGAUAAUCAGGUAUCUAGAAGGAAAAAUGUUCAAGUCCUUUCAUAGCUUUUUAUGUGAGAGAAAAAUACUGUAGCAGCAGUAAAUUUGAAAUUUUUCCCUUUUAUUAUUAUUAUUUCUAUAUUUUUCAAACAGUAGAUGUAAAUUUUUAUUUGCCUUAAGGAGUGCCUGAAGCAAAUUAAUUGAAACCCAUGGUUUAGCUAACAUUUUUGUUAGCCUGUUAAAAAUUUUUGUGUACUAAGGACCUAAUUAGGGGUGCAAUACAAAUACUUGCUUAAAAAUGGAAUGCUUUAUUUUGCAGUAGCACAAACUUUUGGCUUUGAUUCCAAACAAAAUUCUUUUUUUUUAUCACAUUUUAUCACAAAUUUCUUUUUUUUAUCACAUUUUUGCUAUUAACUGGGUAAAUUCUUUAGUGCUAUUCUAUAUACCCAGGUAUGUUUGCCUGAAUAUAAAGGUAGGAAGUAUUUUAUCCAGUGUAACAAGUUUAAAAAUCCCAAAGAAUUUCAGUCACACAAAACAGUUCUUCGUUUGGUAAAUUCAUCAACUUUCGGAUGCCAUGUGAUUGGUAUCAACCUCAAUCAGUGCAUUGCUUAGAAGGAGCCUGGUGAAGGAAUUUAGGAGAAUUUUUACUUCUGGCAGGGUUCCAUAAGCCUACAAAUACAAUUUUCAAUUGAAACCUUUUAAACCUUCUACAUUAGGGGCACAACACCAGUGAGAAUUGAGCUGCUUAUGUGGUGAAUGCCAGUACAUCAUGGAGAGUGGCAGAAUCCUAUCACAAGUCUCUAAAAUCACUUAAAAGGAGCCUGGUGAAGGAAUUUAAGAGAAUUUUUACUUCUGGCAGGGUUCCAUAAGCCUACAAGUACAAUUUUCAAUUGAAACCUUUUAAACCUUCUACAUUAGGGGCACAACACCAGUGAGAAUUGAGCUGCUUAUGUGCGGAAUGCCUGUACAUCAUGGAGAGUGGCAGAAUCCUAUCACAAGUCUCUAAACCUCUUCAUGCCUUCAAGAAAGGGAAAAAUAGAUGAUUUUUUAACUUUGGUUUUCAGUGGAAUUGUUACUACGUACUAAAUUAAGUAUACUACUAUCAAGACAUCAAGUUUUGUUUACAUGCAAAUCAAAUCAGAUAACAAAGAAUAGAUAAUUUUAUAAAUUAUUUUAUUACAGGCAAUUGAUCAUGAGACAAAAUGAAAUACAACUAGAUACAGUAACAAAUUGAGUGUUCUGCUGUAUGUCUUUGGUAUGUAUGUUUAAAGUUAUUUUCACACCAAAGAAUUUAUGCUGAAUAAUUUUAGACAUUAUAUACUUAUUUAUAUUGUAUAUGUAGUACUAGAGUUGUAACAGUAGUUGAAAUUCAUUUCAUUUGAAAUAACUAGCAUCACAUUACACUAAAUUUGCAUUCAAAUCUAACUCUAAUUACAUUUUCACCUUUCAUGUCAUUGACAUUUAGAAAGUCUGGCUUCUAUCCCAUAAUUUAAUUAAACUUAGUGUCCUCUGUGACAUUGAGGUAAACAUCAGCUUGUAUUGCUUGAUGAGCAACCUUCUUCUUCCAAGUGUUCUGUGCUUUCUUGCAUACCUAGAAUAUUUUGAUCGUCUGAAAAUUAUCCAUGCAGUACAUUUUAUAAAUGACAAAUGGUCCUUUAUCAUUUUGUUUAAUACUUUCAGUACACAAAGAAACUCCCAACAAGAAUAGGUUUUAAAAGUUACCCACUAAAAAUUUACUUCAACAUGAGGUCCACGGGCCAGUUGCACUUGCAAGCAUGGAGUUAAGAUUAUACUAAGAUAUAUUUGUGUCAACUUUGGACUGACAAUGUGAUUUCAUCUGGGCACCUGGAUCAUGGUUUUAACAGUCUUUAUAUUACACUCCAUGUUCAUUUAAUAAUCUGUAUCCUUGCUACUCUUGAGAAUUUUAAAGAUUCUAAUGCUAUAUAUUAUAUUCCCAUGUACAAUGCUUAAUUCCUGUUGUGAACUCAUUCUUACCCCAGAGUCAUGGUUUGAAUACACUUGAUUCUACACUGUACAAGGAAGCGUUAAGUUGAGAUUUUUGUAUCUAGCCCUGCAGUUUAAGAGGAGUAGAUUUAUACAUGAUCCCACCCCAUUUUUAUCAUUUCUUAUUCUCUCACCUUGGAAGGGAGUGUGCAUUGAGAACAACUUUAACCCUUACCCAAGGAUGCUUUGUGGAGAGUGAUCCAGUGCUUUUGAAGAAAUAGAAGAUAUAAGAGGCUUAUGCCAUGAUACAUACACAGAUAGAGAGAUGUAAAUGGUUUAUGCCAUAGAUACAUAGUUACAUAUACAGACGGAUGCUUAACAAACUUUGGUGAUAAAAGUGAACUUGAUUUUUCUGCUGGUUUUAUGCGGGCUUUGAAAAGGGAUUUUGACGUAGGAAAAAUCUAUUUCUGGGCUCGGCCGUGUUGCUCCGUGGAAUAGGUUCCUUUAGCACUAUUUCUUAGGUAAAAUAUUGUUAUAAUACCAGAGAACUGCUAAAUUGGAUAUACCAGAAUAUUCUGGUUCGCUCACCUUUAUUAAAGGUGUCGGUAUGGUUCUUGGGGCGAGUGAAAAUCACUACCACGGGUCCCUCUCCAAUUAGCCUCUCCCACAUCAAAAACCCGCGCAGAGGGAUGCGGAUAUAGAUUCUCAGAACAUCCUUUUCUUGGAAUCAGAUAAACGAGAAUCGACCCUUCGCCAAUAUGAUUCAGCGGUUAAGAAGCUGGCUGUGUUCCUGAACGAGUCUAAUGUUCGUACCAUGACCACAAAUCUAGCUAUCACCUUUUUCAGGUAUUUAUUUGAACAAGGUUUGGCAGCUAGUACAAUAACCACAACAAAAUCAGCCUUGAAAAAGAUUUUUCAGUUCGGGUUUAACAUUAAUUUAACAGAUUCAUAUUUUACCUCAAUCCCCAGGGCUUGCGCCAGGCUUAGGCCUGUGGAGAGGCCAAUGGCAGUGUCUUGGUUCUUAAACGAUGUCCUAAAGUUGGCUUCAGACCAAACUUAGGUUUGUAUCAUGAGAGAAGUUGAAGUUGGCAUUAUUAUUGUCAGAGACUUAUGAAAUGCAAUUGUCUGAGACUUAUGAGAUACAAGUUGUUAGGGAUUUAAUGGACAAAAUAGGCUAAAUGCUUUUACUAAUGAUUAUGACAGUCUGCAGGACACCACUUGCUGACUUAUAUUUAGAAAUCUUUUGGAAGUUGAAACCUUCAACGGUACAGAGACAACACAUUUAUGAGGAUUUGGAGUUGCAUCUGUUAUAGUCUUUCAAAUGCCAUGCAUAUAGUUUAUUAUACUGACUAUAUAACUUAUUGAAGUGAGAGUGAAAACAGUACCAUUUGAACUAAAUACAUACUAUACAGUUUUCCCCCCAUAUUUGCGGGGGAUAGCUAGAUCCCACGAAUAGUUGAAACCCAUAUAAAAACACUUGAAACUGCCUAUUUCGUUAGGUAUCACUCAAGAAAAACCCACUAAAAAUGUUUAUACCAGGUUUUUUUUAUAGUUUGAUCACAAAAAGUGCAUUUUAUGAUGAAAUUGAUAAAAAAAUCUGGAAUUUGUGGAUAUUUAUCAUAGAAAAAUGCCGCAAAUAGGAGAAUUUUCCCAGAAUAAUGGGGGUACAUGUUCCAGAGAGAAAUCCGCAAAUACGUGAAUCCAUGAAUCCAGAGUCUGCAAAUUUACUUAAUUAUAUAAGUAUGUUUACUUAAUUGUACUAAAUUUUUUUGACUAAUUACUAUGCAAUGGCAAAAAUGGUAAAAGAUAUGAUGAGAAGCAGAUGACAAAGAUACCUAAGAAAAGCUAUUUUGACUUUGCUGUUCAAGCUUUGAAGCAUCAUAGUUAGGAGUAACUUAUCUACAGAAGUUUGUUUUUAAGUAAACCAUUAAGAAAUGAACAGAGCUAUGGCGUGUGGGCAGAAAAGCUUGGUAAACAAAUUUCCUUUUGUGACAUUUCAUAAUUGAGUUUGGCCUCAUUAAAGUUUCUGAAUGUCAGAAAGUGUACUCACAGCUGCAGGUUACAUCCCUGUACUAUUAUCACAUCUUGCACAUUGGCAUUUCAGCAUCGUCCGGAUUUGAUAAAACCAUGAAGUACCCACUUAACUUGUGUCUUUCCUACACUUAUCUGUGAUUAUUCAGUGUUUAAGUAAAUAAUAAUUGAAUAGAACAACAUGCCCUGUUUAAUGCAUACUUAAGUCCUUUUCUUCCCCUGAUGAUAUACGCUUCCAUUUUAUAGAUACAAUACUGAUAGUCAUUCAUAGGAGAAUAUGUAUUUUGUUAAUUUUACUCUCAGAUGUCUAUGUAUUAGGUAUAAGAUAUGUUUUUAAAGGUUUGAAUUUGAAGAGUUAAUAUAUUGAAGUUUAUUAUGAACUGUUCUUUAAAAUUGUGAAAGAUGAGUAGUUUGUAGUGUACAAUUUUGUACAAUGGUUUAAUUUUUACGAUUUUGUAAACAUGAAGAUCAUUACCUGUUGCAAAUGAAAAUUGCUAUAAGUUUAUAGAAAACUUACAGCACUUAACUGCUGUAUGUAUUAUUACUACGUACCUAGAGAGCAACUGUGUUGAGAGAGUGGUACUAGUUGACGAGGUAUAAAAUUCUUUUGUGAAGUGGGUUCAGCUCAUAGACAAUGUUCUUUAGAAAAGUUAAGGAGUAGAUAAGUAACAGGCUUGUAUAUGUUGCCAAAGUACAUGUAUAUAUUCUGCUUCUCUUGAGUUCACUUUCAUUUCUCUAAUGUGCUCAAAUGAAUAGAGCAUUUUUUUCUGGGUAGCAAUAUUUUGCCCAUCACAAUGUUUAUACAUAGUUAAUGAUACUGGGUAGUGGAGAAAUAAAUAUAUGUCGAUGAAUAAAGAUUACAAGCUGAAAUGAGAGCUGUAUGGGCUUACAGCAUUAGGAAAACCUUUGCCCCUCUUAAUUUAUCGAAGGAGGCACAGUUAAAAUAACUUCUGAUAGUUAUGAGGAAAUAUUUUCCCCCUUUGGUGCAGAUUUAUUAACUUCCUUUUGUGUAUUUAGUUUACUAUGUCCACUUCUUCCCUACCUUUACAGAAACCUCUAGUGUUGAAAAUUCUUGGGAAAUGGUUUCAUUUAGCAACUGCAGGUAUUCUGUAAGUGUUUCUUGCAUUUCUGUUUUCAUCUUUUAAGUCUUGAUAUAUAACUGGAGCUUUGUGUAUAGAAACAUUCAAUGGUCUGAUUAAACUUAUCAAUAGUGAUAUGUAGAGAAGUAUUAAGAAAGAAACUCAGCAUCUUAGAGACAUAACUGGAAACUUUCAAGAUCAUGAGUGGGAAAUUUUUCCAUGCACUAGGUUGAAGACAUUUUUUAAGUCCUAAAGUACAACUUGUCUUUGAUUAUAUUUGAAAGGUGUUUUGUACAUGGAGUGCACAAUCAUACCUUUUAUAUUUUACAUUUGAUUAUUUUUUUCUCUAUUUCUUUUUUUUUUUGUUAAGGAAUAAGAUAAGACUAAUAGUAAUAUGUGUUGUCUGACAUCUAAAUGGUGGUUUGAAGUUUGAUUUUAAUAUUGAGUAUCCAAGUAUAAAUAUAGCUGGAAGCUAGUGGAAUUACUCAGAGAGGGUUAAAAUUUUCUUUUUACAAAUGAAUAGCCAACAUUCUUAAUGGAACAGAAAAUGUGGUAAUUUGUGGUAUAGAUCUGUACCGUACUAGCAAUAAAAAAAAAAAAAACAUAAAAAAUCUAACAUUAGAGAUACAUACAUGUCUGUAAAAAAAAAAACUUCAUAUCCUUUUAUUAAAAGAAUAGAGCUGCUUCUUAUGUACUUUACAUUAUUUGAAUGAAAAUUGGUUGUUAAGACCCUUAAGACAUUCAUUAUUUUCUUAUAGAAAACUAUUUUUUCUAAUCUUGCCCUGUUCAUGCCUUCAUGUAACCUUCCUCACUUUGGAAAAUUAUUUUUUCAAGUCAGUGAAUAAAAAUUGUUUUUAAUGAAAAUUUUCUUAGACCCAGUCUUUAAACUUAGUUGUCAAUCAGAAUAUUCCCUGUCUCACUUAAUUUAGAGAUGCGCCUGGCACAGUAAUGUAAUGCCUUAUAAUGUGUAUAAAGGCCUCUUAUCAGAAUCAUAGUCUAAAGGAUACAUGAUGGGAGGCAUCAAGACUUUUAUGUUUCAUGGAAAUAAGAAUGGCUUCAAAUAUGAACACGUACCUAUGGACAACCAGAAAUUAGGUCUUAUUACACAAGGACUCUAUCUAAGCAUGUUAGAUAGUAUUGGCAAUCAAAAGUAAAUAUUGAACUCUGGCAAUCAUGAAAAAUGCCAGACUAAAAUUAGAAUAUUUAUCUAUUCACCAUAUUACAUUAUCUGCAGUAGGUUUCCAUUUACCUCUACCCUAAAAUGUAAUUUCACUAAUCUCUGCCAUGUAUCAAAUGUUUUCAUGUAAAUGAAACAAAAAGUCGGAAAUUCAGUAGCACCUUCCAGGUGAUAUUUAGAGUACAGCAAGAAAUGUGUUCUAAAACAUCUUGAGAAGUUGAUACAUAGGGUUACCCAAAAUUAAUUAUAAAUACAGUACCAUAGCUAGUCUAAAAAUUAUUAAUAUUUUUGCUGACGACUUUUCUAAAGCAAGAAAGCUUUUUAAAGAAGUUAGUGUACCUGCUGCUUUUAAUGACACUGGAAACCUUACGUCUCAAAAGGAUCAUUGCAAAGGAUGAAAAUGCGUAAAUGCAUAAAGUAAGAUAUAAAUGUUAGAGACAACAUAUGAUCAUUCUAACAUGAAAAUGCAAAUGUGAUUAUGUACCAGUAGUACUCCACAUAAGACUUGGAGAGCUGGAAAAAAUUCUUUGUAUGCAUCCCAAAAUCUUUCAUUACAGUAAACCAUCACAUAGUCCACUUAAUCAUUAGUUCUGCUUGCCAGUCAUUGGAACCAAAUCGCUUUGAUUCAGGGAACCUUAACUGAUUUGGUUUAGUCCUUAAAUCUGCUUCUUUAUGAAUGGAACUAAAAUUCUGUACGUAAUACAAAGCACCUUUUUAUGAAGUACAGUAGAUGAAAGCUGGAUCAAGAGCACUGAUUACAUAUAUAGAAAUGGGAAAUUUUUUUGUGCUCCAUUGAAUGUAGGUUACAUUGAGAUUAUUCCAGUAGAAGUAGCAUUUUCAUUACCGUAAGUUCAAAUAGUAAUUGCUGUCUCAAAGUCAUAUCCUAAUGUAGCACAAGUGGAAUGGUUAUCUAUUAAAAAAUGCCACUGAAAAGUAGUACUGCAGUAGUGUUUUUGCUUAUUGUCAUGCAGCCUCCUAUGGGUAAAGCAUUCUGAUCCAGAUAUCACAUCUAAAGACUAAUUUCUACAAAUAAUAAAUUUGAUAAAAAAAUAACUAGAACUGAUUGCCAGGAAUUUCACCAGAAAACUUGCCAGGAUACCGGAAAAAGGAAUACCAUCCACUAGAUGAAAUGUAGCACCAUUGUGAACUAAUCACUUAAACUACAUUCUGUGUAAACAUUUGUUAGAAAUAUAGCUAAGUUGCUUUCCUUUCUACACUUGCUUUCUCUAAUUAUCUCACCAUUUUUAUGAGUAAUUGUGGUUUUAUUUUUCAUGGCUUCCUUAACAAUCAAUUUAAUUUUCCUUGUUUCAUCUGAGAUACCUCAGAUGGUUGCUGAGACACAAGUCAAAUCCUAUUCCAUGUGGCUCAUGGUAAUUCACUUGCAUGAUAUGAGUAUAUCCUUAAGUCUUUAUGGACCUUCGUUACCACCUCCUCCUGCCCCUCCUGAAUUGAUUGCAUUGGGGAAGAGGGAGUUAUACUAAAAACAACUAUAUUGUGUUUAUUUUAUUUUAGCCAUUGAGUUUGUUUUAUGUUAGAAGUUUAUUCAUGUCCUUGAUGCCAAGUGAAAGGAAACCAGUUACUGCAUCUGUUCAGAAUGAUACCAGAUCAUAAGCCCUGGUACCAGUUAAUUAGCUAGGCUCUCUUUAACUGUCUUGUGUAUCAGGUUCUCUCUUUAGCGAUAAGACAGUAAAAACUUUCAGGGCUUCCUUUUGGAGCAGUAAUUAUCAAUAAUUAGUAGUUUUGGAAUCCUGUAAAAUAACUGCAACGUUUUGUGUGUUAUGCUGUAAGUUAUAAAUGUGUUCUGAAUUAGAAAAGUGGAUCCAUUCUCAAAACCUGUAACAAGGCCAAAAGGGUAAGGGUAAUGGCAAGGGCCAGGAUGCUUAUGCAAAUGAUAUUUCCAGAUUUAAUAGACAAAAAUUUUAGUAAUUUCCAACAGUUUCAACACUGAACAGUGACUUACCACAGGGAAAAGGGCUUAUCAGGUUUUGGUAUGUACAGCAAUACAGUAUCUGUCCUAAGUUCACAGGCAACCCACCCUUGAUGGCUGUACAUCAGUGGUAAUCACAGCUACACCCAGAGCCUGCACAAUAUGUAGUUAUUGAAAUUUCUUGCUGCAGAGUGUACCAGUCUGAGGAAAGAUUCCAAUGGUAAAAAUAACAUCUCACUUAUGAGUUUUAACCAGUCUAUUUCUUGAUUCUGACUUAAUAUAAUGGUCAUCCAUUAUAUGCUUCAUGUCCUCCUCAAGUUUGUUGGGUUUGUAUUUCAGAAGGCUUCCUGGUGUGUCUCAGCAGCUCAGUUCUUCAGAAAUAAUUGGGAUACAUAGGUUUUAUGCUAGGGACAUUAUAGAGCUAUGCUCAGGAUCCUUCCUUUCCAGCUCUACAUAGCACUGGCCACCAGCACAUCACUCUUGAAGGCAGUCACAAUAGAGUUCAGGUUUGAUAGCUGGACAUAGAGGUGCACUUGAUUAAUGACUAGUUUUAAGCAUUCAGUGAGUUAAGCUUUUAUGAGAUCAGUAUCUGUAGUGAGUGAAGUCAGGACAAAUACCCACUCACAGGUUUCACCAUGGUUAGAUACUAUACAUUUAAAAGGCAUUCCCAUGUAAGAAAUAAAGUUUGAUGGGGAAAUUUUAGUCUUAACAUAAAUCCACCUUAAUAGUAAAGCAGUAAGAGCUAUGUGGCUAAUUUCCUUUUAUCACUACCACAGACUGGAAAGCCAUGUCAUUCUCCUUUGGAAAACAAAGAUGAUGGUAGUACUUUUAAGUUGAGUGUUAUAGGAUCCUCCAAUAAAAUCAGUCUUGUAAAGCACUACCCCUUCCAAUGUCCUUGCGUAUCUUAAUAGAAAUGUCCAUUUUGAGAUAGGAUUCCCAUGGUCUUGAGCUGAAGAGGGUAAGUGAAGUGAUCUGCAGCCCUUCUAAAGUGCCACAGUUUCCCUGGAUCUGAUUUGUCAGAUCCCAUGGGAACUUUUGUCAGGUGAACAGUGUUGAAUGAAUUAUCACUUAUGAGAAGUCAGUUGUUAAACAAUUUUUAAUGAUUCAUUAGAUCAAAUAGUACUUGUACUAUGACUGAGUCACUGGAUCUUUUGUAGAUGCACACCUUACUACAAGAAGACUUUGACUAAAGAGAUCACCUCCAGAGAGAUUUGCUUCACAGGCUCCAUGUCCAAAACAGGUAGGAUCACUUAGUUUUAAACAAGCUAAGAAUGACCCUUUCUUGCUAUAUGUAAGAUUUGUUUUUUUAAUCUCAUAUCCAAAGUUCCUUGUCGAGGAAGAUCUUGAGGCACCAGUGCAACUAAAUUAUUAGUGAAACUGCUACGGACCUUUUCUAAAUUUCUCCCCUUUCUAAAUUUCUCCCCAGUGGGAGGCUAUGGAAGUAACUGCCAUAAAGAUUUUCCCUGUCAUUUCCUUUAUAAGCUAUUCUUUCUUGGGCUACAAAGGUUCUUUGUACUGCUUGUAGACCCCAUGCGUGUGCGUACUGACAUUUCAUACAAUUGUUUUCUCUGGUUGCUAAAGAUGAUUGUUUCCAUUAUAAGUAAGUACAUAUACAGUAUUAUGUUGAUUAACUUUAGCCUUCUUUUGAUAGUAAGUUGCUUUUCUAAAGAAGGCUGAUUGAAUCUAUUCAUAAACAGUUUUUAUAAACAUCCAGACCCAUACCUAUUUACAUUGUUUGUAUGUAGACAUAAAAGAUUGUUGACUGGUACCUCUCUAAGGGUCAUGUAAGAUGUCCUGGUGGGGUAAUUUUUAUUUUUUUAUUUUUUAGUCUGACCACUAUUUAGAUAUCUGACCUUUUACAAAGUUAUGUUGAUAUGAAGAUGACAGGCUGUCAGUCCACUUUUGAUUAAUUAAUAAAACCAAAAUUAUUAAUGGAAUAUUAUGCUUUGGUGUGUUUCUUUUAGUUCAUACCUGUACUUUUAGGGCAUGCAAUAGUUGUACUGUAUAAUCAUCUGUUCUGUAAUUGACAGGAAAUGGGGAAAGCACAUGCUGAAAAUCAAAGUUGCCGGUAGGACUGAAAUUCUUCAGAGUUAGAGGAUCUCCUUCUCUCCAAAAGAAAAAUAUUAUAUAUUAGUCCUUUGAUAGGAUAUUUAGCUAUAUGAGUGACAGGUGUAUUUUUUCAUUGGUAAUAGUUUAAUUUUGUUUUCAGUGGACAUUUCUUUUUCAAAUGGAAUAUAAUUUCAAAGCAAAAAUCCAUCACUGAUGAAAUGAUAGAUGUAAGGAUUUUAUAAGUUACAUGGAGACUGAUAAUUCAUUAGAUUAUGUAAAUCAUCAAAAUUAUUAAGAGUUGCUUCAGUUCUUUUCUUCAUUUCAAAGUCAAAAUAACGCAUUCAUAAACUAUGUUUGAAAUAUGUAUUUGUAAAUAUACUGCUGUAGUUACAAGCUUUGGCAUUUUCAUGCUAUCAUCUCCCCACAAAGGCAAUAAGAUUAUGAACUGAUCUCUCAAUUUAUAUGUAAUUUUGGGACUCAUAUUACAGGUCAUUACUUUCAGACUUUAAUUUUACUUAGAUACCAUCAUUCUAUGAUAAACGUACUUGAACCCUCGAUGUGAAAACUUUUGGCACAAUUAAAGUAGAUCCAAUAAGGAUUACAAUUACAAUAUGUAUUACUUUGAAAUUGUGGGAUCAAAAUGAAUCAUAUAGAGGUAAAUCGUAUUAACAUGUUGCCGUUUGACCUGCUAUGCUAUGUGGUACGUAUUUCCAGUGUGAUGGAACAAUUGUGUCUAUAAAAAUAAUUGAUUCACUUUAGGGUUCUUUAUUAAUCCUUUAUGAAGUUAACGUUUACAGGGCUUUGACAAUCAUCAAAGAAUAUUAAGAAGGUGUCUAAGUAAAAUCAGAUUCUUUCCUGUUACAUGCUUCCAUAAUUAAGUACCAUUAAAUUGUACUGGGCAGUUUUGUCAGUUUGGAAAAGUGCUUGUAAACAUUUAUGUGUUAUUUGCAUAAAACAUAAUCAUUGUAUUGUAUUUCUUGACUUUAGUUACCUAAAACCAUAUUGUAGUAGUAGCAUUUGGUACUUAUUUUGUUUCAGAGCACAUGGUCAUUUUUAUCAUUAAAAAUUUGCUAUGUACAGUAAUUGGUAAAUAUCUUUGUAGCAAAACAAGAAUGAUUAUGAUGCCCUUCAGGAUAUUAUGGUAAGCAUUCAUAGUUGCAAAGUUAUGAAAGAAUGUGCAACAUUGGCACUACUACUCAUUCAGUAGGAAUGCUAGAAUAAUUUUUUUUAAUGUUCCUGUGUUUGUAAAGAUUUUUCCAUUGAAGAGCCAAAUGUUUUGAGAUUUUUUAUAAGGAAAAUCUUUCCAUUAUGUUAUGUAAACUCUGGUUUAUUGUAUCUUUUGUUAGAAGUUGUAAUCUGUAAGGAUGCAGGAGGUUAGGUAUAAAGGAGCAGGUGCAAGAGAUUUGGUAGUGACAGAAAAAUUAGCAUCCUUAUGGGGUGGAGGUAAAACAAGACUAAUUGGAGGUAGCAAACUGAUGCAAAAUUAAAUGAUGUGAUAGAAGUUGGACAAGUAAAUCAAAAUAUAAUCUUUAUGAAAAUGUUCCUUGGAAAUAUGUGAUGCAUGUUUUCCCGCACAAUACAUGCAGUACAGAGAGGGAGACAGGAAGAAUGAACACAAGAAAUAUGGAAAGUUUAUCAGGUACAAUGGCAGAAAUAUACCACAAUAAGAGGGUUUAUUAGUAGAGGGAUAUUUAAAAUGACACAGUUUUGAGGAUUAAAUGGUAGGAUAUGGCUUUGAAAAGAGAAGUCUGAAGAGGUUAAGAGAGCCCUUCCAAAAAAGAAAAAUUAUUUAAAGCCCCAGGACCAGAUAUUGAUCAUGGGAAGAGUAAGAAAAUAUUUUCAAGGUAGUAAGAUAUAGAGAAACAGCGGAUUCACUGCAAUGUGGAAAAUAUUGUUAGUCCAAAUUGCUGGAGCUUACUAUGAAUAUAUAGAAGAUGUUGCUGGUUCAACAGUUAAAAACAUUGUUAGAAUUUCAUUUCUGAUAUUCUCAUUAUUUCUGUUUCAAGAUGUCACUCCCUGUGUCGUAUGCAUUCCUUUUUAAUUUUGGAGAUGAUACUGACAUUUAACCAUUUUCCCAAAAACAUAGGUGUGAUUAUUCUUCUGAGACAGUGUAUAUAUUUCUCUGGUAUUAGAAUGGUCUUUCUAAUGUUAUAAAUGCUUACUGUUAGUUCUUCCAGUCGCCAAAAUUCUUACAUGAUUCACCAGUAAGAUUUCAAGUAUAUUCUUACUUUAUUUGUAUGUAUUGGGAAAAGGCUUAAUUGGCAGGAAUUUAUUUGAUAUUUAGAUAGUCUGUAAUAGAAUAUCUUUGUCAAUAUUUUUUAAUAUUUGGGGCAACAUAUUAUGAAAUUUUAUAUAAUUUUCAUUCUAUUUCAAGUUGAUAUUUGAUGUUCUGCCACCUGUAGUGAAAAUUCAUCAGGUGACAGCUCUUCUCCAGUUUCAUACAUUUUCUCCCAACAGAUGUAUAUAGAAGUUGAAUUUCCAUAUCAAAGCUGCUGCUGUAAAUAAAGAAAAGCAUUUAAAUAUAUGUUGUGAAUGACAAAUUUUUAGAAACACAUGUCUAGAACUUAGGCAGGAAUUCACUGGAAUAUACUGAUAUUAAAUUUUAUUUUAGUUUCAGAUAAUAUCCUUUAUUGAAUUUUGCCUGUGUGCCAAAAAGUAUGUUUUGUGAGCGCAUGCUUGAUUUUUUCUUGUCUUUGUUUCUCUUUAGCUUUUACAUCUUUUUCCAUUCACAUAUACUUAUUGCAUUUUAUUGCCAGACUUCCUGGCUUGGCUAGUGAUCAUUAAAUCUUUAUGAAUUACUGUAUUUGAUUUUUCAUAUUCAUUUUCCAUUUGUGACAUUCUUAGCAUGAGUGAUCCAUUGCAUUUCAAGCAUUGCUUAUGUGGUAUACAUAAUCUGUUUGUUCAUGCUUAAAUACAAGCCAUCUUUUAUUCUUUAAUCUGCUGGUAAGGUGAGAACAAAAUGUUCAGUAUAGUUGCACUCUUAUAGAGACAUUGCUGUAACUCAAACAAUGUUAACUGGGACAGUGAAUGUUUGAUUAAUAAUAACAUGGAUACAAAUAACAUAGUGAAGAUGAUAAUUAUAACUACGCUUGAAAGCAAGUUCAUAUGAAUAUGUAGAACUGGAAUCAAAAGUCAGUUUAUUUACUAUUCCCUCAUAUUUAUUCAUUCAUCACCUUUUCCUAUAACCUGUCUCGCUAUACGCACAGACUAAUUUCCCUUUGGAGCCCUUUUGGGUUCGAUUGUUGACUCUCUCCAUGAGUUAUCACUUAUAGAUUUAUAGAAGAAAAAAGGAAAAAAAACCCCAUCUUACAGACACCAUACCAUCAGGACACCACCUCAGACCAUAUUGAUGCCCAGCCUCCAGAUAUAUAAUAAGCACCAGACAGAAAUGACAUUACCAAAUUUUUAUUUCCGGCUAUUAACAACAAAUGCAUGUUUCUGAACUAACUGCAUAAGACAUAUAAGGGACAUUAAAAGGCUCUAGAGGUUGACUUGGUGACAUAAGUAUACAUAGUCAUGUUGGUACCAAGACCACAUGACUGAAGAGUCAAUCUGUGGGUGUUAUUCUUUGGAAUUUCCAUUGAAGUUGAAAUUGGUUUUGAUGUUUCUGACACUCUUCUAUACCACAGUGGAUGCAAGUGACAAGCACAAUCACCUAUAAAUGUACCUUCUUUCUUCCCAGCUCUUGGUGUAGGAGAAAGAUUCUGUUAAGGUGAAAUGGAAUAAAUUAAAAAUAGAAUAAUGUGCAUUCACAUAACACUUCAAACAAUAAGACCAGUUUAUGAUAAUAUUUGACAAGUGUUAGAUUCAUGAGAUGAUGUUGACUUUCUUGUGACUUUAUAGUGUGCUCUUGAUUGCCCAAAAGUCUACAGAAGAACUAGUGUUCUUUACCCAAGAAGGGUUGUAAUUUGAGAAGAUCUUGACAAGAUUAUGGUAACUUCCCAGAGAACUUAAUAUGCUACAGAUUUUAGCUACCAACACCUGCUAGUUAUCCUAAAAAAAAUUCUGUCUUGUGGACUCCCCAUUGCCCAGUAAGCCAAGCUCCUAAGUUGAGAUUAAAUUAAACAGCUUAAACCUUCUAGCAAAUAUUUCCUUGGCAUCAUCACUCCCAUCAAAUUGCAAAUGAUGUACUGCUUUUCCAUCAAUUUUUGUGCACUUUGUACAAAAUGUUUUUAUCAUUUCCCCUCAUUCCAGCCCAGCAUAUUGGAUGAUGCAUGCAUAUGAAAAUUAAUUUAAUAACAGCAGUAUAUAUACAUGUUAUACCUUCACACCAAUUCAGUAAUUUUCUAUGGUUUUACAGCUUACCAGCAGAUUAAGGGAUAUGUCAGGAUUUAAUUUAUCAAUUUGCUUGCAUAUGUCCCAUUUUAGUGCACACAAGAUUUAAAUUAAUACCCUGCAUAAACUCCUCUUAAUUUUGCUAAAAUUUUUAUACUGUUUAUGAUAUGCAUCUUGUCUGAAGUAGUAUGUAGUGAAAAGCAUAAAAAAAAUUAUGUCCAGCUAAUUGUUACAUAGUAUUUUUAAUUGUUGUGUAGACAUAAUCAAAAUGUGAAAUAGGCAAAUUAACAAUAAUGUGAUUAAUAGUACUUAUAGUUCUUUAUACACAGCUUUCAGUAUGCUCUUACAUUUCUUCAAGUUUGUCAUAACAUGGCAAGAGUUUUUCUUAUUCUUACUGAACAUUUUACACAUGGACAAUAUUCAUUGCAAAGCUCUCUCUCUGUUCCUUCAUGAAAUGGGUACUUUGAAAUUGUCUUCAUGUAGGGAACUCUUGUAGACAUAGUUAGAUAUUUUUGCUACUGUAUAUACUGUCAUUUGGGAAGAGUAAAGUGUACCUGUUUUCAAAGAUGAUAAUUUUUUACUGUUAAGUAAAACAUCAAUUUGUAAUUAUUUUCAGGUUCAUUUUUAUAUACUUUCUUGUAAUCUGACUGAGCAACUGUAGCAUUUAAUGCUGCUCAAUUGCAAUUGCUCUUUUUGUCUUUUUGUUAUAUGAUUUUAUGACUAAAACAUGGUAAUGAUAUGAUCUGUUUUAUUAGUACUGACAGUAAAUAUUCACAGUUGACAUCAUCGUAACCAAUGGUGAAUGCCCAGCAAUAUAAGCAGCCAAUCACGAUUAGCUUCAGUGAUAUCUUCAGCAGAUAUUUCCUGUCAGCUCAAAAAAGAAAAAAAAACUAACCAUGUAUGUACGUUAAUUUCCAUUAUUAUCUGAGGUAUUUUCUGCAUACACUGUUUAUUGUAAUGGAUUAUGUGGGUCUGUGGUGAUUAUUACUGUAAUAUACUUGGGUGUUUCUCUUGAACUGUAUGUAUGUGUCCGUAUGGCUACAUUUUUAUGAGGCAUUACUGCUAGGUAUAUGUUUAAUAGGCCAGAUUUGGGGGUUAAAAAAUAAUAAUGUGUAUUGUUAACAUUAAAUUUUCUUGAGUUUAUUAGAAACUGGAAGACUGAAGAGUCAUAAAAUAUGAAUCAAAGGUUAUAUGUGACCUAGUGUGAAGACUCAGCUAUCCAUAAAUUAAGACAUCUCAUAAAUUUAAGGUAAUGAAGUGGUGUACUUGACAUUGUAAGCAUUAUUAGAUUUUUAAUCAUGUUCUUCAGAAUUCACUAAAGCACUUCAAAAUAUGUAGGCCUAAUGAAUAUGUAACUGAAUGUCCUCUUUGUGUCACUGGGAGACUGUAUUUAUUCUUUUGUUUAAGUUUUAUAUAUCGCUUACAUCAUUAAAUUGCAGCUUCUUUAGGAAAUGUUAGGCAUACUGUAGUGGAAUUGUUUACUCUUCACUAGAGGGAACACAGAGGAAAAUGUAAUUACUUGAAAUCGGUAUUAAAAGUUAUUCAGUAUCACUCAGAGUAUGUAUCACUCAGAGUAUGCAUAAUGUUCUUCUAUUUCAGUUUACUUUUAUUUUUUAUUUUUUUUUAAUUGUAGGUGAAUAUCCACAUUCGAUUUCACAGAAGUUAAUUGUAUCUGAGUGACAGAAGCUCAUGCUUAGCACUCAUUACUAGUGAAAUGUGAUAUUGGUUGUAGAUAUUAAUCAUCAGCUUGCCAAAGACUAUAAUUGUCCAUUACUAUUAAGAUCAAGGUAGUAUCCACCACAGCUUUGGCUUUCAGGUGACAACCUAAUUACUUGUGAAUUACUAAUCCUUAUAUAAAUUUGUACAAUAGAUCCUAACUGUUUUGAGAAAACUGUGAACUUAACGUGUAAUUUGCUAAACUUGUUAUAGAAGCCAUAUCUUUUUAUAAUAAAUUUUGAGGAUUUGUCAGGAAAGUGUGUUUGAUGGUUUCGUAAUUUUGUUUCUGCAUUGUAUGUUACAGUUUGCUUUGCUGUACUAUUGCUGACUGCAAUACAGCACAAUGCAGUCGCAAUACAGCAAAGAAAAUCCAAUUUCAUUGCAGAAAGAAAAUUAAGAAACCAUCAAAUCCUCAAAAUUCAUUAGCAAAAGAUAGGGCAAAUUAAACUAGUUAUAUGUUAAGUUAAACUGUUAUCUCAAAACAGUUACGAUCUGUUGUACAAUUUAUGUUAGGAUUAAUUCACAGGCAAUUGUGAUGUUGUCUUCGUCCACUUCAUUUGGAAGUCAAAAGGCUGUGAUGGAUAUGCUACUUUAUGGGACAAAUAGAGUUUGGUGCAAGGUGAAGGUUAAUGUCCAGAACCAAUGUCAUGUUUCACCAGUAUAAUAUUAAAGUGCUAAGCAUGAACUUCUGCCACUCCAUUAGUACUACAAUUAACUAAAGUGAAAUUGAAUUUGGAUAUUUAAAUUUAAUUCUGUAAAAAGACUAUAAAUUAACAGAAAUUUUGGAACUUUAUGCAUAUCCUGAGUGAUUCUGAAUGACUAUUGACUAUUAAUACCUGGCUCAUGCUAAGAAAAUAUAUUAAUCUCAAAUAACUAUAUUUUCCACUGUCAGAGUAAACAAUUCCACCACAGUUUGCUGUAAAUGCACCUAUCAUCAACUAUCGCCAAAGAAAAUCUAAGAAACAGCUUUUGUUCAAAAUCCAGAGUAAAGUAAUCUUAUCAAGGCAAAGUUUCAUUAUUUAAUUAAGAUAACCUAAGAUAUAAAUUCACUGCAGUGUUCAACAAAAAGUUUUAAUAAUCAAAACGGGGCUGCGAGUAUACUACAUACAGCAUUAGUACAAGCAGGGAUUGUAAGUUAUCACAUUUAUGGAUUUCUCAGGACCAGUUGGACAAAACACCACUUACUACAUAUUCAGAAAAUAUAUCAUUAUAUAUCCAGAACUCCGUGAAUUUAAAUACCAUACAUUUUUAAGUGGUUUGCAGUGUGACAUCAGUAGUUGAAUAGUACGUAAAAAAGUAUAACUAAUUUUCGUGAAAAACAAAGAAAUUAAUUUCUAAAUUGGUCUGUAUAAUAAAAAAGCAACAACUUACAGGCUAAAUAUAAACCUUUAAGCUAAAAGUUUAGUUAAACCAGGAUUUUCACAACACUGCAUAGGUUUCACCGCAGAAGUAGACAUACUCUUGGUUAAGAGGGCAUUGUGGCUAUUACAGUUAUAUUUAUGAAUACUAUGUUUAUACUAAUCGGUAUCAAAAUAUCGAUCAUUUUCAGUGGUCUUCCUCUCAUAUUUUCUUACCAUUUUUAUCAUUACUCUUUAAAGCUGUUUUGCAGGAUCCAGCAAAAUUGUGUUAAGGGGAUUAACUUAUAGAAUAAAAUUUUAUCAUCAUCCUUAUGAAAAGUAGUAUCAGUUUAUGUUGAACUCUAGUCGCCCAGAAAGUGGCACACAAGAGGAUGGGUCAGUAGCAAGGAUGUCGACAUGAAAAAGAAAACGUAGGUCCUUCUUGGAAAUCAGGAUGAAUGUCAUUUUGCUAGAGAGAGGAUGAAGAACACCUUUCAGACAACAUUUACUGGGAAUUUUGGUACUUUUAGGUCGAUUCUGAAAUGUCCAGCAUUUGGUGAUUUCAUUUUCUUUUGUUUCAAAAUGGAAAGCUUUGUUGGUUCCUUACUUGCAAUAAGAUUGUAAGCACCUUUUUGCGUGAUGAGGAAAAUUUACCUCUGUUGGAAUCAAUGAUCCAAGUUUCAUGUAUUAUUCUGUAAUCAAUCAUCCCAUCUAUUAUAUAAAUCUCUCUCUCUCUCUCUCUCUCUCUCUCUCUCUCUCUCUCUCUCUCUCUCUCUCUCUCUCUCUCUCUCUCUCUC